AUGGCACUCAAGCCUAUAACGGAGCUCGGCCCUUCCAACCCUAAUUACCCGUUUAAGCGCCAACAACUAACCGGCCCCGAUACUCCUAACCUUCCGCAACCAAUUGUCGAUGCGCUUAAGACGAUUCAGCGCCUGGAGCGGGGCAAACAUGUCUUUGCAUCAACCUUAGACAGGAGCAGAUUUACAUCCCUACUAGAUGUGAAUGAUCUAGAUAAUAGGGCUUUUGCCACAGAUAGCGAUGUUAGAAGGCAUUUAUCGCCGGAAGAUAUCAAUGAAAUCUUGGCUAAUGCUUUAAGAUGCUUUAAGAUAGACUAUAAUAAGGGUGUUUGGAAUAUAGAGAGAUCUAGCUCUAGCUGCCUUAUUAAUUUUACACUCUAUGGUUUCUAA